AUGGCACAAAGUACAACUACUGAUGCACCAGCCUACUUCGAAACAGGCCCUGGAAUUCGUACUACUAUUGGGCUCUUUAACGUUCUUACUGGCCUUAUGGUUGCUGGCAUCACGGGUGGGUUUACGACUAUCCUCCUAGUGCCUAUUAUCGCCUCUGCUGCGUGUGCUCUAGCCCAGGGUCUAUUUUAUACUACUGCGUAUACCAACUACCCAGCUACUAAUAAGGCAGUCGCUAACGUGUUCGCCAAUCUUGGGUGGGCGACUCAUGAAGCUGGACUUGCCUUUUAUGGCUAUCUAAUCCUAACCCCUAUUCUCUACGGUCACAAGCGUAUAGUAUUCUUAACGCUUUUCUGGACGCUUAUGCUUAUCGCUAUAGCGAUUCGCCUUGUGGCCAAUGUAGUCGAGCCGCUCUUUAUUCUUGGCCUUUUCGCUCAGGCCAAUUAUGAGAUUGUCGUCGCCUGCAAUGCUAGGAUCUCCUUUGCGACUAUCGCAUUAGCUGAAUGCGUGACCGCCCCAUUCUUACUUGAGACAUUUCGCUCGACCUACGAAUCUUUACUAUCCGCGCUGAGAAGCGGUAAACUAUACCGCUACCUUAUGCGUAGUACACAGAUCCGCCUCACUGCCCUCACUCUUAUUAGCAUGUGUCGCGCUAUAACCGCCUCGCUUCCCGGAAAGUGGUCCAGGGGUAAUUGGGGGUGGCCGCCCAGCUUGAUGAAUUCACAUAUACGUUAUCAGUUCUAUUUCCGAUAG